AUGGCUGACGGCGUCAAGACUCAUCUGGGAGACGAUCAGCCAUGUGAUGUCAAGUCGCUUGAUGAGGGCGCCGUGCUCUAUCGAGACCUGACGCCAGAGGAAGACCGCAGGAUCCUCCACAAGAUUGAUCGAUGGCUCCUCCCCGUCAUGGCGACCGCAUACAUGUUCCAAUUCCUUGACAAGUCCUGCCUCAGCUACGCGGCCAUUCUAGGAAUUAAAAGUGAUCUCCGCCUUUCUGGAAAUGACUAUUCAUGGUCCAGUGCUAUCUAUUACUUCGGCUACCUGGUUGCUACAUAUCCGGUCGCUGGGGUGCUGCUUGUUCGUUUUCCAAUUGCAAAAAUACUGACUAUCAGCCUGGUUAUCUGGGGUGGUAUCCUCAUGCUUACCGCUGUCUGUUUUAAUGGGGGCGGGCUGUUAGCCAAUCGUUUCUUCCUGGGAAUGGCCGAAGCCUCCAUGGCCCCCGGACUCUCCAUAAUGAUAUCCAUGUGGUAUAAGCGGUCUGAACAGCCUUUGCGUCAAGGGGCGUGGUUUCUCGGCAACACAUGCGGUGGGCUCUUUGGGGGCCUUGUCAGCUAUGGUCUCGGUCAUAUUACCAGCAUUCCCCCCUGGAAGGCCAUUUUUCUCGUCUUCGGAGGCAUCACCACCGCCUUUUCAGUCGUAACCUUCUUCCUCAUGCCAGACACUCCGCACAACGCCCGCUUCUUGACAACACAGGAGCGGGAUAAAGCCAUCGCACGAGUCGAGAAGAAUAUGACGGGCAUUAAGAACAACAAGUGGAAGAAGGAGCAGGCUAUAGAGGCUAUUUGCGAUCCAAACGCAUGGUUCGUGGUUCUUAUCUACUUUGCUAGCAACCUCCCCAACAAUGGACUGAUCACGUUCAGCACCAUAAUCAUCAAUGGCCUCGGGUUCUCGACGUUGAAGACGCUGCUCGUCAAUAUGAUAGCCUACGCUUUUCAACUGCUCUUCGUCCUCAUUACCACCAUCGGCAGCUCCCAUCUACCAAACAGCCGCCUGUACUUUAUGAUGUUCAACCUUAUCGUCAGUAUUGUGGGUGCGGCUGUUAUCCGCGAGGUUGACUCUUCGCACAAGUGGGGUCGCGCGAUAGGGAAUGCGUUAACCGUCUCGUUCACUGCAAACUUCCCCAUGACCAUGGCCAUGACAUCGAGUAAUUUUGGUGGCUUCACUAAAAAGACCACAGUCAGCGCAAUGGUUUUUCUCGCUUAUUGCGCUGCCAACAUCAUCGGUCCUCAUCUCUUCUUUGACCGGGAAGCCCCUAGUUAUCCCUCAGGUUUCCUUGCCAUCAUGGUAUGCUUUAGCGCUGCUGUUGUGCUCUGCAUCUUGCAACGCAUUUACCUAGUUAGGGAGAACAAGAAACGUGAUCGCUCCUGCGAGGCACUAGACAUACCACCCGAAACAUUGAACCUGAUGGACAAGACAGACAGGGAGAUUCCCCAGUUUAGAUACGUGUACUAA